CCCAGCCCCACACGGGGCGCAGCCUGGACCGGGCCCUGGAGGAGGCGGCCAGCUCGGGCAUCCUCUGCCUCAGCGGCAGGAAGCUCCGCGACUUCCCCGGCGGCGGCUACGACCUGAGCGACACCACGCAAGCAGCCUCCCCUAUUGUUGAUCUGUCCUCAUCAAAGCUGACAGAUGUCAUCAGGAGUGACACAAACAUUGGGCGCCAUUGUGAAACUGGAAGACUAAUAAUUGAAUCCAGAUGCUUGCCAAGAAUUUCCAUUUACUUCAGAUCUUUCAAAGAACAGAUUUACUGAAAUUCCUCCAGAUGUCUGGCUGUUUGCACCACUUGAGACUUUAAAUUUGUAUCACAACUGCAUCAAAUCCAUUCCUGAAGCCAUCAAAAAUCUGCAGAUGUUAACAUAUCUUAAUAUUAGUCGAAAUCUUUUAGCAACAUUGCCAAAAUACCUGUUUGACCUGCCACUUAAAGUUUUGGUUGUCAGUAAUAAUAAGCUGGUAUCCAUUCCAGAAGAAAUUGGAAAGUUAAGAGACCUGAUGGAGUUGGAUAUCAGCUGCAAUGAGAUUCAGGUCCUUCCCCAGCAAAUAGGAAAACUCCAGUCACUUAGAGAACUAAACAUUAGAAGAAAUAAUCUCCAUGUGUUGCCAGAUGAAUUGGGAGACCUUCCCUUGGUAAAGCUGGAUUUUUCUUGUAAUAAAAUUACAGAGAUCCCAAUUUGUUACAGGAAAUUACGUCAUUUACAAGUAAUAAUUUUGGAUAACAAUCCAAUGCAGAUACCACCGGCACAGAUAUGUUUAAAGGGCAAAGUUCACAUAUUUAAAUUCCUCAGUAUUCAAGAAUGCCUCAGAAUAGAUAAAAAACCAGAUUCCUUGGAUCUUCCAUCACUGGGUAAAAGAAUCCCAUCCCAGCCACUCACAGACAGUAUGGAAGACUUUUAUCCCAAUAAAAAUCAUGGUCCUGACUCUGGCAUUGGCAGUGAUAAUGGGGAUAAAAGAUUGUCUACAACUGAACCGUCUGAUGAUGAUACAAUCAGCCUUCACUCUCAGGUAUCAGAAUCGACGAGGGAACAGACGUUAAGGAAUGACAAUCAUUUAAUAGGAAGUAAAUUUGACUCACAUAAAGACCAGGAGGUGUAUGAUUACAUUGACCCUAACACAGAAGAUGCAGCUAUUCCUGAGCAAGGAGAUGUACAAAUGGGACCAUUUGUCUCUUAUGUUAAGGAACGAGGAAAACACCCUGAGAAAUUGCAGAAAAUAGAAGGGAAUGAUGAGUGGGGAGAUGAAAAAAGGCUUCAGAAAGAGCAGCUAUUGGCAGAGGAAUAUGAUGAAUUGAAAGAAGUGACUGACUUGAGAAAAAUAGCAGCUCAGCUACUGCAACAAGAGCAGAAAAACAGACGGAGACCAUUAACCUAUAGAACUUCAUUCAGUGAAAAACUCUUCCAGAGGACGAGGGCUGCAGGACGUGCAUCCAGGCUUCUUAAUCAUUCGACCUCCGUAAGCACAAGAAACAGGCCAAAGCAGACCGUGGAAUCUGAAAAAAGUGUCUCAACAGAUGAAACAAAUUCUCCAGUGUCUCCUUACAGAUGGCAGCCACUAGAGAAUCAAAAGGAUCUGACAGAUGAGCAGCACUGGCCAGAAACACAGCCUGUUAUCUGGCAGAAUGAAGAGAGGAGGAGGAGCAAACAAGUUAGAAAGGAAUAUUUCAAGUACAAGUCUUCCAGAAAGAGUUCAAGUGGAAAUGAAAAUGAUGAGCAAGACAGUGAUAAUACUAAUGUGUCCCCACAGUCUCCUGUAUCAUCUGAGGAUUAUGAAAGGACAGACAGUAACUCUCAUGGUCCAUUUGGUCUCAAACCUAGGUCAGCUUUCAGCCGUUCCUCUCGCCAGGACUCUGGAGUAGUGGACCCUGGAUUUACAAUGAGGAGGAAAAUGGAGCAUUUAAGGGAAGAAAGGGAACAAAUAAGACAUCUUCGCAAUAAUCUUGAAUCGAGGCUAAAAGUUAUUUUGCCAGAUGACAUUGGAGCAGCAUUGAUGGAUGGGGUUGUUCUUUGCCAUUUAGCCAAUCACAUAAGGCCACGUUCUGUUGCAAGUAUUCAUGUACCAUCACCAGCAGUGCCUAAACUCAGUAUGGCAAAGUGCAGAAGAAAUGUUGAAAACUUUCUUGAUGCUUGUAAAAAAUUGGGCGUGCCACAGGAAAGGCUUUGCCUGCCUCAUCACAUUUUGGAGGAAAGGGGUCUAGUGAAAGUUGGUCUUACAGUUCAGGCUCUGCUUGAACUACCUUCAUCUAAAGCAUCCCAGCUUUCUUCUGUGUAACAUGACUUUUGGAAACCAGACAACUUAUCAUGGAUCUAUUGAUUUAGAUUGCUGCCAAGCAAUUCAGCUUCCUCAAUGGGAACAUCCAAGCCAUCAGAAGUAGUUUCUGCCCAGACACUUUAGACAGAGCCUUAUUUUGGAGGGACAUGUAAAACUUUGAUUUCAAACUGACUGUUACCUGAAUAAACAGUUAUACUGAUGUUUUAAAACUUGGAUGCACAAGAGAUUUUUAACAACAUCAGAUUCUCUGUCCAGGUAAUAUAAGUUCUAAGUUUCCCAUUAAUGUUUCAUUAUAUUAUUUUUAAAAGCUGGAUUUUUCUUUUUACUACAUUGAAAAUGUUGUUUAGUUCUGUUUUAUAAAGGAUAACACACACACACACACACCCCCACCCCCAAACAAAGCCCUACUAGAAAAAGUUUGUCAAUCAUUUGGGUUAAAUGUAAAGAUAAAACAAAAACCAGCUACAGUAUGAUAAUGAAAAUCUGAGUGACAGAUCACAUUUAAUCCAUUUUUGUUUCAUAUAGCUCUAUAUUUGAGUUCUUUAUUUCUUGCACUUCUGACUGUAAUUUAUAUACUUCUAACAUCUCCAGUAUUUAGUUGGAUGUAUGGUAAUUACACAAAACAUUAUAUAGGAAAAAGGUGUUUUUUCCAAUCUUCUAAGUUCGUGCCAAACUAUUUUUUCAGUUGUACGGUAGAUUGUUUACAUGUGAAGUGCCUGUGUAAUUGAUGACUCUUAAUAGUCUUAAAUGUUUUUGCAAUUUCUUUGUCUGAAAUAGAUACAAUGGGAAUUUUAAUAUUUUAAUAGUUUUUCUUAAGGUCAGUAAUAUGUGAAGAUUUAAAUGAUGCUUCACAUUUUUUUGUUAGGUGUUUUAAGUUGCACAAUUUGAUUAUGUUUAAUGAUUGGAAAAUAAUGUAAAUACAUUUUAUUUAUGCUAUUUAAUUUGAUAAUACCCAAUCACUUCUCUUUUAAUGUAUUGUUAACAAAAA